CCAAAAACCAUCGUCCGAAUGUGGGACAGGAAUCAUGAGAUUGGGAUUUCAAGUUGAGCGCCUCUGAUCGUCAAUCGCUCUUAUUAUAUUUGACAUUGAAACUGAUAUUGAUAUUUGAGAUUUGAGAUUGCGUAUCGGCUUAACACCUAACUCGCACGGAGGUCACAAAAGCAGGUGGGGUUACUUAUUUCCUCCCAUUUGAAGAACUCGAGCCAGGAUCGGGGCUCUCUCCUCCUUCUCAUUCCCCUCCUUAUACAACUAGUUUUUCUCUCGGAGGCGCAUUACUACCGACUCAGGUUCAGUUUUCUAAAUGGCUAAAGUAGGCAAGGUGCAAAGGAAGCUCCAUUCUCAAUGUCAGAGGGCAACACCAUAUCCAUUAACAUCUCACUCCCAGAAAGAUUUGAAAGAUGAUGAGAAGAAGAAGAAGAAGAAGAAAAGCUUUUAUAAAGCAUCAGAGAAGCAAGACUGGGAAGAUGCAACCUGCUCUGUCUGUAUGGAGGUCCCUCACAAUGCAGUCCUUCUCCUUUGUUCAUCUUAUAACAAUGGUUGUCGACCCUAUAUGUGUGCUACAAGUCAUCGCUUUAGCAAUUGUUUUGAGCAAUACCAAAAGGCCUAUACUAAAGCAACUUUUCAAAGUUUGCCACUAGCAACAAAUAAUUCCAAUCUGAAUGCUGGCGAAAGCAGUGACAAUGUAGAAGUGCCAGAGCUCCUUUGCCCUCUUUGCCGAAGGCAGGUAAAGGGUUGGACUGUUGUUGAAGCGGCACGGAAGUAUUUGAAUGGGAAGAAAAGAGGCUGCAUGCAGGACGAGUGCUCUUUUGUGGGUACUUACAAGGAGCUUAGGAAGCAUGUUAGAUCUAAGCAUCCAUAUGCACGACCACGAGAUGUGGACCCUGUACAAAAAGAAAAAUGGAAGACACUUGAGUAUGAGAGGGAACGAAAUGAUGUCAUUAGUACAAUAUUAUCAUCUACUCCUGGGGCUAUGGUUCUAGGAGAUUAUGUGCUUGAACCAAACGACCACACCUUCUAUAGUGAUUCUGACUCUGAAUCUGAAGUGGAAUAUGUGGAUGAUGAUUUCUUCUCCAUGAGGUCAAUUGGUUUAAGAAGAAAUAGGCCUUUUUUGUCAAAUAUUGGUUAUGGUCAGGGUUAUGAAUACAAUUCAUUGGAUAUGGAUCAUUUUGAAUUGAAUCGUGUUGCCCCUACAAGUUCUGCUGCUGCCUCCAGGCGUGGACUCCACAGAAUACUCUUGGGAGGAAGAUCAAGAAGAAGGCGAAGGCAUAGGCUCCCUAAUGCAAGCAGGUAAGUCUUAACAUCAAACUAUGAAAAAAAAAAUGCAAGGAAAGAACUGUGUUUCUGCUGUUCUGCUAUAGAAAUUCACUUAGGAGUAUUUCUCUGUGACCUUGGCACAACAUAUCUUGCUAGUAUGCCAAUGAGUGUAUGUUGAUUUAUUGGCAAGGUAUAACAGCUGACCCCGCCUUUGUCAUCCCAUCUGUAAAAUGUUGCAGUGUCAUCUGAUUAUCAUCAUUUAAAGUUUUUUAAAGAGACUGUGAAGGAGGCAAUUUUCAGGGUUCUUAUUGCCUCCUGGUUAGGUUUGUCGGGUUCAGGAGAUGAGGUCUUGCGCCUGUCAUUUGAUCAUACAUUGCUAAAUUAAAUAGGCAAUUGGCGAUAAUCGGGAAGAUGUCCCAAAUACUUGCCUUUUGGAUUCUGUCCUCUAACGUUUUACUUCAUGUACAGCUUUGAUUAUUGUACAAUAAUUUGCCUUUGCUAUUA